CGGCCUGUUGGGCGCUGCACGGCCGCUACGCUCUUCGUCUUGUGAGAGUGCCGGCGCUGCCGCAGCGAUUGCUCCCGCCUGUCGGGGCGGGCGGACGCCAUGGCGGCGCGCGGGGCCUCGCGGCUGGCCUGGUGCCUCCGCCGGGUCGGGGUCAGCGGCGACUGGCUCCUGCUGGAGGCCGGCACGCAGGUAACUGUAGGCCGAGGAUUAGAUCUCACGUACCAGCUGGUGUCAAAAACCUGUCCCUUGAUGAUCUCUCGUAAGCACUGUGUUUUCCAGCAAAAUGCAGAAGGGCAGUGGACUGUCAAGGAUAACAAGAGUCUAAAUGGAGUCUGGCUUAACAAACAGCGCCUGGAUCCCUCAAAAGCCUAUCCUAUCACUGAAGGAGACCGUAUCCAGUUGGGAGUACCUUUGGAAAACAAAGAGACUGCUGAAUAUGAGUAUGAAGUAAUUAAAGAGGAAUGGGAGAAAAUCAGACCAUUUUUAGCCCAAAGGAAUGACCUGGGGAAAGCUAAGAGUUCAAGAACUAAACGUAAAUUUGGUUUGGAGGAAUUGGAGACAUCUGGAUCAGAAGGCCCUUCAAACUCCAGAUCCAAAAGAGACAGAGUAUCUUGUGACAAUGAACCUUUGGGUAAAUCAUGGGGAGGGGUAGAAGAGGCCAAACGGUUAACAGAGAAGAUGGAUGUCAAGCUGCCUUUUCCUGGACCAAGUGAGGAGGAUAGUGGUCCAGCACGUAGUAGCCCUGUCCACUCUGAGAAAGCCGUGUCUGUCCCCCAUAAGGACCAGAAAGGCUCUGGUCUUGCACAGUCAUGGACUGGCUUGGAAAUGCUGAGGAAAACUCUAGUAGAUAUAAUGAAGUUAAAGGUCAAAGUGCAGGAGAAGCAGACAGCGGUUCUGAAUGUGAAGCAGAAGCGCAGGAAGUGUGCUCAGAAGGAGAUCCUGGCGAUGGAGCAGGAGCUGCGGGAGUUGCAGGACCAGCUGUGCAUGGAACAAGAGCAUCAUCAGCAGCAGGUGGAAGAGCUGGAGAGGACAUUCUCUAAAGAGCAAGAGAAGCUAGAGGGAAUAAAGUGGCAACAUGGGGAGGAGAAUCUGAAGGAGCAGCUGGCCCAGGUCCUGCAAGAGCAUCAUGCUUUGAUGGAAGAACUGAGCCGCAGUAAAAAAGAUUUUGAGGAGAUAAUUCGAGCCAAGAAUAAAGAACUGGAAGAAACCAAGGAGGAGAAGGAAAAGGUGAGAGCCCAAAAAGAAGAGGUGUUGAAUCAGAUGAAUGACGUGUUGGAGAAUGAGUUGCAGUGCACGAUCUGUUCUGAGCACUUUAUUGAGGCAGUCACUCUGAACUGUGCGCACAGCUUCUGCUCCUACUGUAUAAACGAGUGGACGAAACGUAAAGUGGAGUGCCCUAUCUGCAGGCAGGAGAUCAAAUCAAAGACACGCUCUCUGGUGCUGGAUAACUGCAUUGACAGGAUGGUAGAAAAACUGGAUGUGGAAAUGAAAAAGCAUCGCCUGACCCUUAUCAGAGAGCGGAAAGCAAAAAUGAAGAGAAGAACAGAACCUGAAUUUAGCAGCCCCCAAAAGAAGCAGAAGAAGAGGAUAGAAGACUUGGGAUUAACUCUUAGUUCUACUUCAGAUGAUGAAACUCAAUUUAGUAAUCAUACUACUCAAGAGUCUUCUAGUAGCAGCAGUGGGUCUGACAGUGAGAGCGAUGAAAAAAGACCGGUCUUCAGCAACGAGUUCAAACAAGACUCUCUUGUGGAGGGUACUUCAUCUCGCUACUCAAUGUAUAACAGUGUCUCCCAAAAGCUCAUGGCCAAGAUGGGCUUCCGGGAAGGAGAAGGUCUGGGAAAAUAUGGCCAAGGCAGGAAGGAUAUUGUUGAGGCCUCCAAUCAGAAGGGAAGGAGAGGCUUUGGGCUGACCCUCAAAGGAUUUGAUGGGGAGCUCAAUAUUGAUUGGCAGGACGAGCCAGAGCCCAGUGCCUACGAGGAGGUGGACUGGUGCCUUGAGUGUACCACAGAAAUCCCUGAUGCCCAGGAGCUGAAGGAGUGGAUGACUGUGGGGAAGAGAAAGAUGGUGAUUGAAGAUGAAACAGAGUUCUGUAGUGAAGAGCUUUUACAUAAUGUCCUGCAGUGCAAGAGUGUAUUUGAUGAGCUGGAUGGAGAAGAAAUGCGUCGAGCCCGAACAAGGUCUAACCCCUAUGAGAUGAUCCGUGGAGUUUUCUUCCUGAACAGGGCUGCAAUGAAGAUGGCAAAUAUGGACCAUGUCUUUGACUACAUGUUUACAAACCCUAAGGACUUUCAUGGGAGGCCUUUGAUAAAGGAGCGAGAUGCAGAGCUGCUCUACUUUGCUGAUGUGUGUGCUGGUCCUGGAGGCUUCUCUGAAUACGUCUUGUGGAGGCGGAAGUGGCAUGCGAAAGGCUUUGGCAUGACCUUGAAAGGACCAAAUGAUUUUAAAUUAGAGGACUUUUAUUCUGCUUCCAGUGAGCUCUUUGAGCCUUAUUACGGAGAGGGAGGGAUUGAUGGAGAUGGAGACAUCACUCGCCCAGAGAACAUUACUGCUUUCCGGAAUUUUGUUUUGGACAAUACUGAUCACAAGGGAGUGCAUUUCUUAAUGGCUGAUGGGGGUUUCUCAGUGGAGGGUCAGGAGAACCUGCAAGAAAUCCUAAGCAAACAGCUCCUGCUUUGCCAGUUCCUUACAGCACUGUCCAUUGUCCGGACAGGAGGACAUUUUGUUUGCAAAACCUUUGACCUGUUUACUCCGUUCAGUGUGGGACUUGUUUAUCUGCUGUAUUGCUGCUUUGAGCGAGUGUGCAUCUUUAAACCAGUGACAAGCCGCCCUGCUAACUCGGAGAGGUAUGUGGUAUGCAAAGGAUUAAAGCUAGGGAUUGAUGACGUGCGGGACUAUCUCUUCGUGGUGAACAUCAGACUCAACCAGCUGCGCAACUCUGAUGUGGAUGUGAAUCUUGUUGUCCCAUUAAAUGUGAUCAAAGGCGACCAGGAUUUCUAUGAUUACAUUGUCCAGUCCAAUGAAAACCACUGCAAAGUUCAGAUAAAGGCACUAGCCAAAAUUCGUGCCUUUGUUCAAGACACGACACUGAUUGAGCCACGGCAGGCUGAAAUCCGAAAGGAGUGUCUCCAGCUAUGGGGGAUUCCUGAUCAGGCUCGUGUUGCUCCUUCAUCUUCAGAUCCCAAGUCCAAGUUCUUUGAGCUGAUCCAGGGCACGGACAUUGAUACCUUCAGUUACAAACCUACUCCACUGAAUUCCAGUACACUGGAGAAAAUUCGCCAAGUGUUAGAUUAUCGGUGUAUGGUGUCUGGAAGUGAGCAGAAGUUCCUCUUGGGGCUAGGGAAAUCACAGAUCUACACCUGGGAUGGUCGCCAGUCAGAUCGCUGGACAAAGCUGGAUUUGAAAACUGAGCUGCCACGAGAUACCCUUCUCUCUGUGGAGAUUGUUCAUGAACUGAAAGGAGAGGGGAAAGCCCAGCGAAAAAUCAGUGCCAUCCACAUCCUUGAUGUCUUGGUGCUCAAUGGCAAUGAUGUUCGAAAGCAGCAUUUCAACCAGAGGAUUCAGCUGGCGGAGAAGUUUGUCAAAGCUGUUUCUAAACCUAGCCGGCCAGAUAUGAACCCUAUCCGAGUGAAGGAAGUGUACAGAUUGGAGGAAAUGGAGAAGAUAUUUGUGAGGUUAGAGAUGAAAAUCAUCAAGAGUUCAGGGGGAAUACCCCGGCUAUCCUACACUGGCCGAGAUGACCGGCACUUUGUGCCCACAGGACUCUACAUCGUACGGACCGUGAAUGAUCCCUGGACAAUGGCAUACAGCAAAAACUCCAAGAGGAAAUUCUUCUUCAACAAAAUGACGAAGAAAGCGACAUACGACCUCCCUUCUGAAUCCAUCGCACCCUUUCACAUCUGCCAUUACAGCCGCCUCUUCUGGGAGUGGGGGGAAGGUGUCAAAGUGCACGACUCUCAGAAAAGGCAAGAUCCAGAGAAGCUAUCAAAGGAGGAUGUCCUGUCUUUCAUCCAAGCGCACUACCCCUAACCCUGCUGUCUUGAGGGGUGCAGGGGGUGCUGAGCCCAGCUUGGAUUCUUCAGGGACUGAUGAGACUGGGGAGGCUCCACAACUUCUAUCCUGGUCUUCUCUAGAGCCGAUUUCCUGGAGGUGAUUGAACCAGGAGGUGGUAUGCAGAAGGCACAGGAUGAUGCUCUACCCUGGCAGUGUAUAUAAGAGUACGGCCCAGGUAGUGCCUGCUGCCAGAGUACCCAUGGUGACUCCUGGAGCCAAGGACUAAUGCCCUUUUGUCCUGACCUACUGCAUGCAUGAGGCCAAGGGGCCGGCAGCUUUCUUUGCUCCUGUUCAAACGUUCAGCGAGGUUUGUGGAGCUCUGUGUGCCAGAACUCUCCAGGCUUGUGCUUCCCUGGCACUGCGGGAAGGAGCAGAGAUGUCUUGGUGGCAAAGCUGGGCAACAGCACAUUGAAGCGGCCCUGCAUCGUUCUGGCAGCUAUAUCCUUGGCCUUGUCAAAGGCCUACACUACCCAGUGGAGGGCGUUAACUCAUUGGGGAAUGCUAGCUUUGGGACACAAGUAUGUAUUCUUGUUGGUGUCUCCAACACUUCUGCUUAUCAAGGCACUUGGCUGGCCACUGGCAAUUCCUAUGUGAUGGUAUCCUGUUGGACAAAGGCCAACACAGGUGAUGAGUAGAGUUCCUGGCACAGAUAUGAUGUGCUUAGUGCCAGGUAUUUCUCAGACCCUUAGAAGCUGCUGACAAGGAUUUCCCCUCUCUAGGUCAGUGACUGAUCCUGAGCCAGCAGCCUGGGGUUAACUUGUGAACGUGUCUAUGCCUCACAGUACUUCUGAGACCAAGGUGCUUUGAUUCUUGGUACUCAACACUAUUACCCAAAUCUUCAGGGUGGAACGUGGAUGUGGGAGGGAAGACACAGGAAGGUUGGGAUGCUGGAGGUCUUUGGAGGAAAUGAUGGGAAUGUCUGACUUCAUUAAAAAACCCAGGGCUUCGGUGAAAAGAGAUCUUGACUUUGACCACGUUGGUUAAUCAGAAGAAAUCCUGUCCCCUGCCUGUGCCCACUGGAAAGGUUACCAGACUUCCCUUUUUAAAUGUCAGAGUGGGCUUUGAAAUCCUCUGUCUCAUUUGGCCCUGGAACUGCAUCUGGGGUGAAGGCACAGAGCUGUGAAACUCUCAGCAUGGUAUUUGUGUGUCAACAGAUUUCUCCAUGGACUUCUGUGCUGGGCUCAAAGUUGUCUUCUGUUGCAUGUUUUACCUUCACUUCUGGUUUCCAUGGCACUUUUGCCAGGUCUUCCACAUAAAUCAGAAGAUAACACACAGUUGACUGCUUUUGGCCAAGCAGCAAAAUUGCCCUUUUUUUUUUUAAACUAUUUUUGUUGUUCUUGGCUUGUUUUUAAACACAGAUUGGCAGUAGGGAGGAAACUGAUUUAGGGGUUGUCUGAACUGUGCCUUAAAGAAAGCUAUAGUUCUCCUAGAAUCUAUAGCAGUUGUUUAGAUCGUUUCUUUCUCUUCACGCCCGUAUGUAUGAUUUGAACAAACUUUAUGUAGCAAGACAUGGAAGUUUUCACUUGUAGGUGCAUGGGUGCCCUGCACCCCACCUGAAGAAGCCAGAACAAGGAUGGCAUGUUGUAGAAGUCCCACCUCCACCCUCUAAGGCCCAGCAUCAUGUGGAGGUUUUGUGCUCAUUCUGAGCACGCAGUUGAAUGUCAUCCUACAAGUAGGCUGUGCUCUCUGAGCUUGGAGCACUUCCAUGUCUUCACAAGCAAAUUGUCUCCAUAUACCCAUGUAUUAAUUCUUUACAGUUUGGUACAAAUUAACUUAGCAGCUGCAACUCCUUGAACCAGAGAAAAUUAUAUGCAGGCUUGAUCACUGCAGAACCACACCCUUGGCUAAAGGAGCAGCACAGAAGGUGGCAUGGUCUGUUGGUCAAUGGAAACUGGGAAAGAAAAGGCCUGGGAGCGGAUGGGAGGUUAGCUUACACGUAGGUAGCCCUGAAUAUUGUGCAGGGGAGCUAUUCUAUUCCUUCUCAAGCUCUGACCAAAAGUAAAGUGGGUCAAAGCUGUUUUUUCCAUAUUGGUGAUUAUUAGUCCCCAGACAGAGUUAGGUCUACCAAAGCCAUUGAAGAACUGCAUGCUGUUAAUGCAUCCUCUUGGUGACCUGUAGGCUCCUUCUGCUCUCAAACAUUGGUAAAACAUGUAUGAAAGAAAGGGUGGUCCUUCCUGCCUGCAAAGAACAAGAGGCCUGUCACUGGCAGUUUUAUUUUGGCAAAGGCACUUCCAUGAGGGAUGAGGAGGAAUGUCUUCCAGUAGGCAAUAAAGAACCUCCCAACUGUGUGGUUUCCAGGCCUGUGUGCAGCUGGCUUUUUAAAUCAACCAGUAAUUUGAGUUCUGGUGCUUCUCUGGACUGCCUUGAGGCUGUUCCAAUGCCAGCAAAGCAUGCUGCUCCCUUUCCCAGGCUCCUUUGCUAAUUGCUAUGUCCUCCAGUCAGGACUUUGGUCUCCUGCAGGCUGGCAGACAGAAGGGUGACUAGGAAGUAUGCUAGGUUGAGUGUAGGCCUCUGAGGGUGCAAAAAGACCUGGUUAGCCUGCAGGCUAGCUUCUAUGAACAGAUACUUUCUGUUUACCGAGUUGCCUCCAGCUCCUCCUGAUUUUAAUUUGCUUUUAUUUUUAAUUUUAUUUUUGAUGCACUGAACCUUGAUUCUGAAUCCCCCUUCAAGAAGGCAAGCAUGAGCCACCAUGCUACUUGCUUCCCUGCCGCAGGGUAAACAGGGAGUAUGUUGGGAAGGGGGGGUGAGGAAGGUCUUGCUGAAGGGAAUGUUUAUGUACAUUAAUUGCACAAUGUAUUGUAAUUAGGCUGUGUAUCAUUUUGUGUUGACUUCUCUGCUUUCAUUGUCUCUAUUACCAAUACAGCCUCUUUAGUUCACAA